AUGGCAGACCUCGAGAAACAGGUUGUUCCUCACGAUGAGGAGGUCAAACAAGAUGCCAAUCUCGUCGAUUUCGACGGCCCAAAUGAUACAGAGAACCCAUUCAACUGGCCCACAUGGAAAAAAGGACGCCAAUUGGUCUUGAUGGCCUUUAAUACAUUCAUAACUCCUCUAGCCUCAUCAAUGUUCACCCCAGGAGUCAGCGAUGUAAUGAGAGAAUUCAACGUCACCAGCAGCAUGCUGGGUUCCUUCGUCGUCUCUGUCUACAUCUUGGGCUACUGCUUCGGUCCAUUCCUCAUCGCCCCUCUCUCCGAGAUCUAUGGCCGUGUGGCAUUAUAUCACAGCUGCAACCUGCUCUUCCUCAUCUUUACUAUCGCCUGCGCCCUCGCCCAAACUAUGCCGCAGCUCAUUGUCUUUCGCUUACUGGCCGGCAUGGCAGGUGUCUGUCCUCUGACGAUUGGCUCUGGCACCGUCGCCGAUAUGGUCCCCAAGGAGAAGCGAGCCGGUAUCAUGGCCAUCUGGGCUAUGGGCCCUAUCCUCGGUCCGGUCGUUGGCCCUGUCGCUGGCGGGUUUCUGGCUGAAGCCGAAGGCUGGCGCUGGGUGUUCUGGGUCAUUGCCAUUGUAACUGGCGUGAUGAUGAUCCUGACUAUUAUUUGGUAUCGCGAAUCCUAUGGCCCCGUCGUCCUUGAGCGCAAGGCUGCUCGUCUGCGCAAGUCCACUGGCAACCCUGACCUCCGAUCAAUCCAUGACAAAGGCAAACUCGACCCGAAGCUGUUCCUCUCGGCGCUAGCCCGCCCGUUGAAGCUGCUCUUCGGCUCGCCGAUUGUGUUCCUCGUUGCGCUGUUUGCCGCCACGACGUACGGCUAUCUCUACCUCAUGUUCACCACCAUCACCUCCAUCUUCGAGGAGAAAUACGGCUUCUCGCAUGGUAUCGCCGGGCUGGCGUACCUGGGCUUUGGUAUCGGGAGUAUGCUGGGCUUGGUCGUCACCGGCGCCGUGGCAAACCGCAUCGCUAGCAACCAUAUCCAACGGGGCUGCUUCACGCCUGAAUCCCGUCUGCUACCCAUGAUGGUCGGCUGCUGGUUCAUGCCUGUAGGCUUGUUCUGGUAUGGCUGGUCAGCCCAGGCGGGCACCCAUUGGAUUGUGCCUAUCCUAGGCACCGGCGUCUUCGCUGUGGGACUGAUGACGGUCUUUAUGUGUGCCAGCACUUAUCUGGUUGACUCGUAUCUUCGAUAUGCUGCAUCCGUCACGGCGGCUAACACGGCGCUGCGGUCGUUGGUCGGGGCUUUGUUGCCUUUGGCUGGGCCAUCGAUGUAUGCUGCUCUAGGGCUGGGGUGGGGCAACUCGCUGUUGGCGUUUAUUGCGUUGGCAAUGUGUGCCGUGCCUUUUCUCUUCUGGAGGUAUGGAGCGAGGAUUCGUACUCACCCACGAUUCCAGGUCAAUCUGUGA